CGGAUCACGUCUGUUGCAUGCUGCUGCGUAGUUUUUAGUGAGGGAAAAAAUCCCCACCACAGUGCCUCCGGAGAAACGAGAAGGGGCACAGGGUGUGAAACGGAGGAGAAAAAACAGAGAUUGAGUGUGAGACGGAGCAGAUAAUCGCCCGGUUCAGAGCAGGGCCAGGUAUGUUUUUCCGUUUCCAAGGACUGCCUUUGCUGAUGUCACAGCGGAGGAGGGCAGGAGAGGAGGACAGGUGCGUAGAGUAAAGUUGACUCUCCGGUAGGCUCGGGAGAAGAGCUGUCACUGAGUCGAGAACAGCUUUUUGGAGUUAGUUUUUGAAGUUUUCUUGCAUUUUUUCUUUAAAAAAAAUAGUUUUUUUGGGGGGGUGCAAUCAGUUCGGCUGGCGUUUUCAAGUGGAAUAUAUACUCCACGCUUUUCUGGUGCGCACAAACUGCGGAGCUCACAGGAUCAGCCCUGCUCUGUGAUCUCGGGGUUUUACAGCGUGGAGGAAGCUGCUAUUGUUUUUUUUAAAGUGCAUAUUGCUGUGAACUGGGGUGGGGGAUCGAGACGCCCCAGCAUCAGAACCAGCACUUCCCGCUUCAAUGCGACACUGACGCAGCUGAUCUCGCAUCCCAGUCGCGGACAGGUGAUGCUCGAGUAAAUCAAUGGAAGGAUCGAUCGUCAACACAGGGGGUUUGAUCUGAAAAAAAUAUUUUGUUUUCAUUGGAAUGGAAUACAACACAAGAAACCAGCAUCAACUUCUCUAAUCUGCAAUGGUUUUUCCAUGCGUCAUUGCGUCUUAGGAUCUGAAGCGGGUCUUGCGUUGAAGGACACUCGUUCUUGGACUUCCUUCAAGGUUUACAAGAGCUACCAACAAUGUCCAAGACACUGAAGAAGAAGAAGCACUGGUCCACUAAAGUGCAGGAGUGCACCCUGUCGUGGGGGGGUUCCGGGGAGUUGGUCACGGUAGUGGAGGUGCUAGGCGGCGCGGAGCUGGGAGAGUUCCCCCACCUCGGACACAUAGUUUCGGAGGCGAUGGUUUGUCACGCCGGGAGGUUUCCCUGCAGCGGGGACGUGCUGCUGGAGGUGAACGGCACUCCGGUGAGCGGACUCACCAACCGAGACACACUGGCUGUCAUCCGCCACUUUCGGGAGCCUAUCCGCCUGAAGACUGUGAAACCAGGUAAGGUGUUGAACACUGAUUUGCGCCACUACCUCAGCCUGCAGUUUCAGAAGGGCUCCCUGGACCACAAGCUCCAGCAGGUGAUCAGGGACAACCUGUACCUACGCACCAUUCCCUGUACCACUCGGCUGCCUAGAGAGGGGGAAGUUCCUGGGGUGGACUACAAUUUCAUCAGUGUGGGAGACUUCCGUGACCUGGAAGAAAGUGGACUGCUGCUGGAGAGUGGCACCUAUGAUGGCAACUACUAUGGGACCCCUAAGCCCCCUGCAGAGCCCAGCCCCGUGCAGCCGGACCUGGUGGACCAGGUUCUGUUUGAUGAGGAAUUUGACACGGAGGUCCAGCGAAAACGCACAACCUCUGUCAGUAAGAUGGACAGAAAAGACAGUGCCGCGCCAGAGGAGGAAGAUGAAGAAGAAAGGCCUCCUAUGGUGAAUGGCCUGACUGAGCACAAGGACAAGGCAGAGUGGAGGAAGACGGUGCCCAGCUACAACCAGUCGGCGGGGGCCAUGGACUUGCGUGUAUGGAACACACAGGAUGAAAGUCAGGAGUCCCUGCCUAAAAAUUGGGAGAUGGCCUACACAGAGACCGGCAUGGUCUAUUUCAUAGAUCACAACAGCAAGACCACUACCUGGCUGGACCCCCGCCUUGCCAAGAAGGCAAAGCCCCCUGAGAAAUGCGAGGAAGGAGAGCUGCCCUACGGCUGGGAGAAGAUUGAGGACCCUCAGUACGGCACCUACUUCGUAGAUCACAUCAACCAGAAGACCCAGUUUGAGAAUCCAGUACAGGAAGCUAAGAAAAAGAUGACAGUCGACACGCCCCCUGCCGUCCUGCCGCCAGCAGCCACACCCUCAGCAGAGGAGCCUGUUAGGGGAGUGCGAGGCUUCACACGAGAUCCGACUCAGCUGCAAGGCUCCAUCCUGCAGACAGCGCUACGGAAAAGCCCUCAGGGCUUUGGGUUCACCAUCAUUGGAGGAGAUCGACCCGACGAGUUCCUCCAGGUCAAAAACGUGCUUCCGGAUGGGCCUGCAGCACAUGACAACAAGAUUGCCUCAGGUGAUGUGAUUGUGGACAUCAACGGGGCAUGUGUGCUGGGGAAGACUCAUGCUGAUGUGGUGCAGAUGUUCCAGUCCAUUCCCAUCAACCAGUAUGUGGACAUGGUCCUGUGCCGGGGGUACCCCCUGCCCGAGGACUCCAGCAGCAGUGAGGAGGCAUCAGGAGGCCUCUCCACCUCCAAGGACACUUCCCCUUCCCCCUCCACCUCCACGCCACAGGAACCCCACUACACAGUCCCAGAUGGAGGAACCCUCCCCAGACAGACUGCUGCCAUACCACCCAUGACCAACGGAGGACGCCACCACCACCACCCUCACCCACACCAACACCACCACCACCACAUUCCUCAUGUACCCAACCAAGAAGGCCCUGAUCCCACUCUAUUACAGCCAGAGCUGGUAAGCGUGCCCUUGGUAAAAGGCCCCGGAGGUUUCGGCUUCGCCAUCGCAGAUUGCCCCCUGGGCCAAAAGGUGAAGAUGAUCCUGGACGCCCAGUGGUGCCGGGGCCUGUUGAAGGGCGAUGUUAUCAAGGAGAUCAACAGACAGAAUGUCCAGACGUUGAGCCACUCCCAGGUGGUCGACAUCCUCAAAGACCUGCCCGUGGGCAGCGAGGUCAACGUGCUGGUGCUUCGAGGAGGUCAGACAUCUCCUGUGAAAUCGCUAAAACCAUGCACAGCUCCCAUAUCACAGCCUACUCCUCAACAGGCGCCCCAUCCCGCAGCCCAGCAGUUGCCCCAUCCGUGCUCCCAGCCCACCACACAGCCGCAGCGACAGGAGAUGAUUAACAGCACAGAGGGCCUCAGUCAGCCCGAGGUGGGCCCCAACCCUCUCCCCUUCUCUGCUAACACCCUGCGCUCAUCUUCACCCAAACCGGACGCAUCUGAGCUCUACCUCAAGUCCAAGGCCUUGUUGGACAGCAAGCCUCCUAAUACCAAGGAUCUGGAUGUGUACAUCAAAAGGAACCAGGAGUCAGGCUUUGGCUUCAGAGUUCUGGGAGGCGAGGGGCCGGAGCAGCCGGUGUACAUCGGUGCCAUCGUGCCGCUCGGUGCAGCUGAGAAGGACGGGCGCCUGCGUGCAGGGGAUGAGCUGCUUUGUAUAGAUGGCGUGCCAGUGAAGGGCAAAUCCCACAAACAAGUGCUGGAGCUGAUGACCAACGCUGCCCGUAACGGUCAAGUCAUGCUCACAGUCCGCAGGAAACUGUCACACUCAGACGGUGAAGAGGAGGAGAGCAGUCAGCAGCCCCCGCAGGUAGCAUCCGCCCUGGUCAACAGCUCUCCAAAAAUGCCUCGUGUCGAGGUUCCCAACGCCAUCCAGCCCGCUCAGUCCUCCUCACGGCCAGAGUGCUUUGAUGUAACUCUGCAGCGCAAAGACAACGAGGGCUUUGGCUUUGUUAUCCUCACAUCAAAGAACAAGCCCCCCCCUGGAGUUAUACCUCACAAGAUUGGCCGCAUUAUUGAGGGCAGCCCUACAGACCGCCUGGGUCAGAUGAAGGUGGGAGACCGUAUCUCUGCUGUCAACGGACGCUCCAUCAUGGAGCUGUCUCACAAUGACAUCGUCCAGCUUAUCAAGGAUGCUGGCAAUUGUGUCACCCUCACAGUUGUGCCUGAAGAUGACAGCGCUCCUCCAUCUGGAACAAAUUCAGCCAAGCAGAGCCCUUCGGCACAACACAGAGCUAUGGGCCAACAGCCUCCCAGCUAUUCAGACAGGAAUGGUGACUCUUUCCUACCAAGAGAGAUGGGAACACUCAUCAUGUCAGGCCCUAAGCAGGGCUGUUUUGUGGUGGAACUGGACCGCAGCCAGCGUGGCUUCGGCUUCAGUCUGAGAGGAGGGAAAGAGUAUAACAUGGGCCUGUUUAUCCUGCGACUGGCUGAGGACGGACCUGCUCUUAAAGACGGCCGGAUACAUGUUGGCGAUCAGAUAGUGGAGAUCAACGGCGAGGCCACCCAGGGCAUCACACACACUCGUGCAAUUGAACUGAUCCAAGCAGGAGGCAGUAAAGUUCAUCUGCUGCUUCGACCUGGCCAGGGCUUGGUCCCAGAUCACAGUUCAAAGGACAAAGUAACCAUUCCAACCUCAAGCUUUCCCAGACUCUCUGUAUCUGACGGGCAGUCAUCUCCAGCCUCUCCAUCCUCUAUCUCCCUCUCUACCUCGGAACUGUCCCCAUCUUCGCCCAAAACAACCGCCCCUGAUGACUUCUCUGGGGGGGAUCCCAGGGCGUCUGGGUCCCCUGGUGCUGGGCAGGAGCACGGUAGGCAGGCUAACAGAUCAAGAGGACAGCAGCUCCCUCACCACAACCAUAAGCGUACCACCAGCCCCAGCACCCAGAAAACAAGCAGGAGUGACUCCAAGUCUGCUAGUCCCAAGAGAGCCACUGACGGCUGGGCAGAUCAUGUAGAGCGCUCUCAGAGCCCCAGAAAAACAGAGCGUGGCCACAGCGGAUCCCUAGAGGAUAUGAGAAAAGACAGAAAAGCCCAAGGGCAGAGAGACCACCACUCUAGCCCAAGAAAGGGCUCCAAGAGGGAACCUGACCCUGCUGUGCCUUUGAAGAACCAGGAGGAGCCCCAGAUCCCCAGGCGUCCAGCUGGCCAACAGCCCAGCGCUGCCUCUGGAGAAGGGAAGGACUGGAGGUACAUGGAGGAGGAUGCAGCCAACUGGCAGGAGAGGGGGGCUACAGAGAGUGGAGACAAAAACUAUGGGACCACAGAACGCCACAAGAAGAGCAAAAGGGCUGAGCAAGAGGCACAAAAGUAUAAUUCCAGGGAGAGGGCAGGGUCUGAUGCUGAUAGUAGCACCCUAAACCGAAGGAGCAGAAGAGAAAAGGAGGACAGAGAAUAUCGGGAAAGCAAGUACCCUGGGCCAACUGAAGAAGUGAAUAAAAAGGAUCCCAGAGGGUCAAGCAGUAGCAUCCAGGACCCCAGCUGCAAUGGGACCAGCACCAGCAAGAAGGCGCCCAUCACCCCCGGUCCAUGGAAAGUUCCCAGUUCUGCCAAGAUCCAGUCCCAGGUGGACACAACAUCUGCAGAUGUCUGAUAUCCCUCCAAAAAAAAGCUGAGCCUCUUAAAAAUGGACAUUCACAAUGGAAGGAUUUUUUUUAUUUUUUAGCAGUUUCGGACAAAGCAGAUCACUGUGUAACCAGCAACAUAGCUUCUCAUUGCUUUCUUCUUUUUUUUUCACCCAGUUUGCCUCGAUCAGUUUGCAUCAAUCUGCUGAUGCCUGAUCUGACAUGUGUGCUUGUACCUACAUGAGUAUUUGAACGAUGAUGUGCAGACAUGCGUGUAACAGGUAGGUUCUGAGUGAGAUUUUUUUUUUUUUUUUUGGAUGCGACACUGAAGUCUAUUUUGUGCCAAUUAGAGACUCCGGUUAUAAAGAAGCUGCUCCGUAUUGCACUCACUGUGAGACUGUGUGUGGUUAAUGACAUGAACCGCUCUCCCUGUUUACCCGCCUCGAUGAAGGAUCCUGCUUUUUUUGUCACUUUGAAGGUUUAAGACGUAUUCAUGCAGUCACUCAGCUUUUCUUCCUGGCAAGACUGAUUCACUGUCGCUGUCACUGGCGGAUGUUCUGGUGAGUUUCUCUUAAAAUCGUCUGCAAAGAGUGACGGAGUGUCUUCGAAGUCAUUUGUUGUGUGUUAUUGAGAGCCCGACUCGAGAUGUGAACUGUAUGGGUGACUGUAUUCAUGCACAUGAGAAGACUCUUUGAUCCCAUUAGCUUAUCAGAGGGUAGACAGACUACCCUGGAGCUUUAUAUGCAUCAAUCAGCAGACCAGAUACUUGUGGUUAUAGUUCUAAUGUUUGCUACGUGUGUUAAUAAUAAAGCAUAAAGUAAUUUAUUGAAAUUAUAUGUAAACAAAAACUGUUAGUUCACAUAUCCAUGCUGAGUCAUUUCACUUUUGAUGUGGACUUAAUGAUCGAAAUAGAAUGUGUAGAUAGAUAUCAGCAUCAAAAAAUAAUAACUAUGAAAUCUAUACAUUCUAUUUCUAAGAUGUCAUGGUCUGUAUACGGUCACGUGAGCCUGAUUCAUAAUGUUGUCUACUGUUAGCAGCUCUGUAUUUUAGGUCCUCUGGCUAUGUGUGUAUGUAUUCAAGCUGACUGGUAGGCCUGUGUAUUUUUAGAUAUCGCUGUAGCAUUGACUAUACUUAAUCCGAAAAAUAUAUUAUUUAACAAAAUGAUUACACAUAUAUUGACACAUAAUUUAGAUGAGUUGAAUUAACAGAGCUUGAUUGUAAGAAGUGAGACCUCUGCCUUCAACUUUAAGAGAUAUUUGUAUUUUUAUCAACACAAAUGUAGGCACAAAAACAUUUUUCCUCAUUCUAACCUCCAAAAUCUAUGUUUGAGCAUUUUAUUUUUUAUUUAGUAGAUGACCCAUAAUGUGAGAUAAAAAAUAGUAUAUAAAUGUUUGCUUCAUUGUUCAUCAUUAACAACAUCACGGCUGUCACAUUUGUGUUAGAAAUAAAGCCAGACUCCCUAAGAAUGCAGUUAAUCUUCCACACAAGGAGGGAAAGUCAUUGCAAUAUGCUUCCUUUUGGAGGUUGCACACAGUGCAUACUGUGAUAGUAGCUUGACUAGUUCUUUUGGAGUCCCAUUUGAAAUUACUCUUAAAAAGUUUAUCAAAUUUUAUCAAAGAGGGAAUUAAGUCCCAGAUGAAAAAAUAUAUAUAUAUAUAUUUUUUUUAAUUAUUGGGAUCAGUUGUGUGCCCUGCUCUGAAGACAAAAAUUUGGUGUUGUUUAAAUGUUGCUACUGUGGAGUACAGAGACAUCUAGUGGUUCAUAAACUGCUAUUCACAAAAAACUAGUCACUGCUUCAACCACACCCUCAUCAGCCUGUUUAAGGAUGUACGGAAGUAACACGUGCAUCUAACAGUCUGUGAGACCACCUACUAAUUUAUUGUCCACCUUAUUGUUGAUAUGAUGGGCUACUGUAUUAUUUACUGUUCAUGUCAUUACCAUGUAUGAUACUGUGGCCUUGCAUUGCUCCAACAUAUAUAUAUAAAAAAAAGUCUUUUAGUUUUGACAUCAUGGUAGUUGUAAAUGUUUAUAAAUUGUACAGCACCUGUAUAAAUAUUUGCCUUCAUGCAGGAAAAAAAUCCUCUGUAAAUCGUUUCAUUAUUUUUUUAAGGGAGCUGAGAGGAAAUGAUAUAAAAUGGGUGAAAAGAAAUAAUCUGGUCAUGGCCUUCUGUUCAUGCACUGAUAAAUAAAGGUUUACUGAAUAAA